AUGCCAUCAUGGAUUUGCUGUUCAAUGAAAAAUGUGCGCGCGAAUCGCGAAGAUGCUUACAAGAUUGCAAACACUGAGAAUCCCGAGCAAUUGACUGAACCAGCGCCGAGCACAAUGAAGUAUACGUGGGAAAAGCACAACGAUGUGGAUGUUUCGAAGUAUAAGAUUGCGAAUGCGGAGAAUGUGCUCGAGAUUCGCUCGGAAAUUGGUGGACAACAGUUCUUGAUUGAGAAUUGCAAGAACAGUGCCAUUCUUUUAUUGGACCACUCGGCAACGGUGACUGUUGAUGAUUGCACGAAUUGCUUGAUUGUUAUUGGACCAUGUGCUGGGAGCGUUUUCCUUCGCGAUUCAAACGAUUGCACUGUUUGGGCAGUGUGUCAACAAUUUCGAACUCGAGACUGCAACACGUUGACUCUCGCAUUGCAUUGUGCCACACAACCAAUCAUCGAGAAUAGUCGACCGAUCACUUUUCAUCCAAUCUAUCUCGAUUUUCCGUUGAUAUCAGAGCAAAUGCUAAACGCUCGUCUCUCUCCUUUCUCGAACAACGCGAACUCUGUUCAUGAUUUCACUCCUGACAAAUACGUGCCUAAUUAUAAACAUUCGACGAAAGCACUAUUGCCGAAACCUCCAUUGAGUCUACUAUUGCCAUCAAAGGAUCAGCUUUCAUUUGAAGCAAACACUUCAUUUUUCGUCGUUUCUCCGCCAAGUGAAGAUGAUUCUCAGCUUUCAAUUCUUUACAGCACGCAGAGAGAUGGAGAAUUGAUAGAGAUUUUCUUCCAACGUUGUCUCUCAAUGUUGUCCCUCGUCCGUCGAGAGGCCAUUUUGUGUGUUGGGACAAGGGAUGUGCUGGCAACAAGAGCCGAUCUCGAGAAUUGUCUUGACACUUGUCCAGAGUUCAACUCAGGUCAUCUGGUAGCCGUUUAUUUGUGUUGUUCAUCAACGAAAGCCAUUCAAUUAAUCGAUGAGAUUGUUGGCGGAGAUCAAUGGAGAAUCGUUCCACAUUCAUUUCAAGAAACUUUUCGUAAAAAUGUCGAUCGUCUUAAUCUUACUUCUUUAUCAGUU